AAUGCCAUUGUAGUAAAAAAAUCUGAAAUAUUAAUCGUAUACUUAGCAUCAAGAAACUUGCCUCUGGUGUGAAAAAUAAAAAUACAGAGCAAAGCAACACUGUCUGUUAGCAGUUAUGAAAUCAAACUAGUGGUUUGUUAAAGAUCAACAAAAACUCUUUCAGGCUGAGCUGCUCAAAGACACACUGCUGAAUUUACUGCAGAAUGUGAACAUGAUAUAGAUUUAUACUGCACGUUUUUCAUAUAUAAACUGGUUUGUUUCUUUUAUCAGAUUUUGUACAGUUUGGAAAAGCAUUUACUAUAAUAAACGAUUAGGAUUAUCAUAAUUACCAUAAUACAUUAAAGACCAGCUGGACGUAAAUGUUAUUUUUGUUUAUUCUGCACAAAUGUAUAUCUGACGAAUUCCACAAAAACUGAGACAUGAAGAAAUAAAUAAAAAUGCAAUGAAAAGAAAUAGGUGCAAAAAGUGUAUAGACAAUUACAAAAUGAAGCCUAUCCAUCUCUGCUAAACAAGUGUUAAUAAGGAUCACUUAGAAAUAUAUUAAGGUAAUGUUUGGUACUGUAUAGCUGUGUGCUGUUUUCUUAUAUGUAUAAUUAAGUAUAUGUAUUUGGGGGGAAAUCAUUUGACAGAACCAAACAGACACAGUUGCAGCAUUGGUAAGGUUUUCAAUAAUUAGUUUCUGUUGGUGAUUAUGAUUGCUGUGAGAGUGAAGUAGAGACAGUGGAGUGGGUGAACAGGGCAGAGAUGGGUUUGAUUUCAAUUAAAUCCAUUUAAAUAUUUAUAAUCCAUUUAUUUGAAAAAUACAUAUAUAUUUUUAUUUUAUUUAUUGUGACUCUUAAAUGAGAUCCUCAGUGAUCCUGAUCCUGUUUCCUCUCUCAGUGAUCUUCAGCUCUGCUGGUGAAUCUUCAGUUCAGGAUCUGAUCGGUGCUGUAGGAGACUCUGUUACAUUCCCCAUCAGUGUCCCUGUUUCUGGUAAUCUAAUUUAUAACGGUAACACAGUUGGAUUGGUGUUGAAUAAACAGAGUGACACAGAGCUGAGUGAGAAGUUUGUGAAUCGUCUUCAGUGGGUCAGUCAGAGUGGGUUCUUCACUCUCUCAGAUCUGAGAACAGAUGAUUCAGGACUUUACACAGUGGAGAGCACUAAAGAGCAGAAGGGAAAACAGGAUUAUCAGUUGGAGGUGUACGAGAGAGUUUUAGCUCCUCAGGUGAUGAACUCAGCCUCCAGUUCUUCAGAGUUCUGUUCAUUCCUGUGUUCUGUGAGGAACGUCAGAGGACUGAAGCUGUCUUUAUAUGAAGACGGUGUUUUAUUAAACCAGGCCAGCAGCAGCGACACAUCCAACAUCACACUGAAUCUACAUCUAGAAAUAAAGAAGACAAACAAUCACACCUUCAGCUGUGUGGCUUCCAACCCAGUCAGUAACAAGACAACCACAAUCAUCACAGACUCCUGCUCUCUGAACACAGUGAGGCUUGUAACUGCACGUGACCUAUGA